AUGGACCCCCACUCCACCCGGUCCUCCCCCAACCAGAGGAAGGAGAGGGAGAGGGAGAGGGAGGGCGGAGGGGCGGAGGGGCAUCAUGAGGGGUCCGGACUGCUCGGCCUCCGCCAAGAGGUCGGCGUCCGGCGGCGGCGGCAGCACUACGGCGCAACCGUGCGCUCCAUCUCCGUCCCCGUCACCCGCACCCGCCGCGUGGUGAUCAUCCGCCGCAGUGGCGCACGAUAUGCAGAACUCACAGUGAGUCAACAGACCACUAAACUGGCAGAGGAGGCACGAAAAACUCUCUUUCAUGGUAGUUUCACCUCAAGUCACGGCGCAACGUUUUGUGUUCCUCCCUUACGUCGUCCUGAUCGAACUCCAAAACAUUCUUCAAAAGGACACUCUGAUGCUGCCACUAGUACAAGUACUAAUACUACUAUUAAUACCACCACUACUGCUGUGGCUGUGGAAAUGUCGGAGUUGGAAAUAAAAACAACUACUACAGAGCAAGGAUCAAAUUAUCGUUUUGAUAAAGAUCUUGUGGCACCACAAAGUGCCUUUAAAAAAGAAAAAAAAGUAUCACAUGAUAAUCAAGGAGAAGUAAGGGGAAAUACUUCAUUUCUACAUGAGUAUAUAAUAUUAAAACCACGAUCAAAUAGUGCAGAUAUGCGCCAUUCGAUAGAUCGUGAAAACUCCAGCCAAACUUCAAGAGAACAUCUUCCCAAAACUUCAAUAGAUGUUAUAGGGCUAGAACGAAUACGUGAUAAUUUCUCACCACGUGGAAAGCUCUCUUCGUAUAACAUUGAAAAGACCAAUGAAGCUCUAGCCACUUAUAAGGAAAAAUGUACGCAAAUAAACAAAAACAAAAUAUCUCCACCUCCCAAAGAGGAGGAAAGUAUUGGAUCAAAUUCAUACAAAUCAACGGUACCAGUUGAAAAUAAUAAAUUACAGGAGGGUACUUCUUCACAUAUUGAUAACCGUCGUGUCUCCUUUUCUAACCACAUUAAUUUAACAACUGAUAAAAAACAGAGUGAAGAGGAAUAUAGUGAUGAUGUACAUGAAGAAUCUGGAGAGAGUAUAAAACUUAGUUACUGGGAAGCUGCCGUACAAAUUAUUUCCUUUGCUGCACCAGCAGCAGUUACAAUCGGUCUUACUUUUGCUCUUUCAGUCGUUCCACUAGCCUUUGUAGGUACACAUCUUGGAGAACGUUAUCUUUCAGGUGCUUCAGUUGGUUUCUUUAUUCUUAGUAUAGUUGGACUCUAUCCAAUAAUUGGAAUGACUUUCGCAAUGGAUACUUUAUGUUCCCAUGAAUAUGGACGUGAUCCAAAUAGUCAGGACUUGGGACUUUUACUUCAACGUGGUAUUUUAAUUAACCUGUUUUUUCUUGUUCCUGAUUGUUUACUUUUUUAUCAACUUCGGCCGUUACUUAUUAAGAUAUAUGGUCUAGAAGUUUCAGAUGUAGCAAUGGAUUUUCUUUUGUAUAUGCCUUUUUUUCUAUUACCUUUGACAGUAUUCAUUGCAUUUAAUAAAUUUUUGUCUAAUCAAAUGCAACCACAAAUGCCAAUGAUUGCACUUAUAGCUGGAUUUAUUAUUACUCCAUUUGUACAACGUUUUUUAACACCUAUGGGUGUACGUUAUACAAUGAUUGGUAUGUCUAUAACUGCAUGGUUUCAACUUUGUGUCCUUGUUAUUAUGACACUUAAUAAACCACAAACACGACAUACUUUGGGUACUCUUCGUUUAAAAGAAGCUUUACAAUUAUCAGAUGUAAAAGAAUACUUGAAACUUGCUAUUCCGAGUGCUAUUUUUGUUGCUGCAGAGGCAUCUGCAUUUGAUUUGAGUAUUUUAAUUUGUGCUCACUUUGGAGAACAACAAGGAGCGGCAUGGUCAGGUAUUAUGAAUGCAUUAUUCAUUUUUGCUUCUAUAUCUGGUGGGUUAAGCGCUGGAGCUUGUGCAAAUAUUGGUCGUUCUGUAGGAAGUAACGAACCAGUUAAUGCUCGUACCUUCGUUGAAGUUACUGUUUUUAUUUCAGUAUUAAUAAGUUUAAUUGAUUGUGUCAUUUUGUACAACUUCUUCGAUUUCAUUAUGUCUCUAUUUGGUACGAAAGGCUCUACGCUACAAUUGGCUCGGAGUACAAUAAAUAUACUACCUUUUUUUCAUAUCGCAGACGCUGUGCAAUUUGCAUUUCAAGGUAUCUUUAGUGGUCUUGGUAAGAAUCAUCUUGGUGCCCUUAUUCUAUUGCUCUCACUAUGGGUAGUGGGUAUCCCAUCAGCGUUAUUCUUUGGGAUAUUUAUGAAUUACCAGAUAUACGGUGUCGGUCUUGGAUUAACUAUUGGACUCUGUAUUGAGGCCCCAACAAUGGUGGCAGCGACGUUUAGCUUGGACUAUAAUGCGGUAUGUGAUGCCUUUAUUCAGAAUAAUGAAGUUGAGGAAGAAGAAGAAGAAGAGGAGGAGGAGGAAGAAGAAGAAGAAGAAGAAGAGGAAGAAGAAGUAAAUCGUUUAUACGAUGAAGGUGAAGAGGUGAAGGAGUCGUAUGCAAUUAAUGAUGAUGUAAUGCGGCGUUCAGGAAUUCCCACUACACCAGCGCAAUUCGGUCGGCGAUUAUCACAUAAGAGCCGUCACCAGUUGCAUAUACCUCCCCAUCCCAAAUCACAGAUUGAUUGA